AACAGAUAUGAAUUAAAUAUAAAAGGGAACAGAAAUUCUUGUCUUUAUUCUCGGUUUUAUUUUCGACCUGGCUCGUAUUAAUUGUCAAAUAUGUUGCCGUUAGCGAUUUUCUUGUUUGUCGGCGUUCUCGCGCCACAGACGUUCGCUGAUGAACCUGAGGCGAUUGUCGGUGGUACGCCUGCCGCACCAGGCGAAUUCAAAUAUCAAGUCUCCUUGCGUUAUCAAGGUUCACAUGUCUGCGGCGGUUCCAUCAUUGGUCCUACCAAGAUAUUGACUGCUGCUCACUGCGUAGAUUUCAUAAGAAUUAUUAGCCAAUUAGUAAUUGUUACUGGAACUAUCGAUUACUAUACAGGAGAAGUGCAUGCCGUGCAAUCCAUUCGAAUAAAUCCGUGUUAUGACGGCAAACAAAGUAGUGCUUGGAAGUGUGAUGUCGCUGUGAUCACUCUUCAAAAACCAAUUCAAUACAAUCAAUAUCAAGCUCCCAUUGCCCUUGCCACAUCCCAGCCAGCUCUCGGUACGGUAUUUACUUUGGCCGGAUGGGGCAUGACAAAAGCAAAUGGACCAACUUCGCGAUAUCUUCUGAAGAUGAACCAGUCCUUUGUACCACUGAAUCAAUGCCAGCAGGCACACCGUGGUAUGCCUAUGAGUAACAGUCACUUAUGCACUUUGAACCGUCGUGGAAUUGGUGCUUGCCAGGGUGACAGUGGUGGUCCUCUGGUCGCUAACGGCGUACAAUAUGGUAUUACCUCUUGGGUUGCUCCAUGCGCUCUUGGUCAACCAGAUGUCUAUACCAACGUCGCUAAUUUCUACAGCUUCAUUAUAUCAGUGUACAUGUUGCCAUUAGCGGUUUUCGUGUUGAUCGGCGUUUUCACGCAACAGACGUUCGCUGACGAACCUGAGGCGAUUGUCGGCGGUACUCCUGCCUCAUUAGGUGAAUUCCCAUGGCAAUGCUCCUUGAAUUUAAAUGGCCGACAUUUCUGCGGCGGUUCUAUCAUUGCUAAUAACAAGAUAUUGACCGCUGCGCACUGCGUACAUGGCUCUGUAAGAGCACCUUAUAAUAAUUUCCGUAUUCUCUGCGGAACCAUUGAUCCUACUAGAGGACAAUUCUACGCUGUGCAAAAUGUUCGAGAACAUCCAAAUUACAAGGACGGUGCGGCAUAUUCUUGGGAAAAUGAUAUCGCUGUGAUCACACUCAAAACGCCAAUUCAAUUCAAUCAAUAUCAAUCUCCUAUCGCUUUGGCCGACUCUGUGCCAGCUCCUGGUACGCUGACUAUUUUGUCUGGAUGGGGUCUGACAAGCGCAAAGGGACCGCCCGCACGGACUCUUCUAAAAAUGCAUCAAAAUGUGGUCUCGCAGACUCAAUGUCGGCAGAGCCACUAUGGUGCGACUUUGACUAACUCUCACUUGUGCGCGUACAAUCGUCGUGGAAUUGGUGCUUGUAUGGGUGACAGUGGUGGCCCUUUGGUAGCUAAUGGCAAGCAAGUCGGCGUUGUCUCUUGGUCUCAACCUUGUGCUGUUGGUGUACCUGAUGUCUAUACCAAUGUCUAUCAUCAUCUCUAUUUUAUUCAAUCGUCGUAAGCAGACAAGCACGGCAUUAUAAGACUAUUUGAUUUGUUAUACAUUAAAAGAACAUAUUGUUGCUUUGAAUUAAAUAGUAUAUAAUCUCCUUGCAUUGUCAAAUGGACAUGAGUCAGUUGCAUCUUGAAAAUAAAGCAAAUUUUUAUGUAUUCCUAAUAAUACAAAUAAACGCUACAAUUAAAUCUA